GCAUGUUGCUUCCUCUGAGCUUCUCUCACCCCUCCACCACCACCACCACCACAGGACAAAGCACUUAUCUCUCUAAACUUGCCUUGCCAAGAAAGACCCAAAAUAAUUCUCUGCAUGCGGUGGUUGAGAGAGGGAGAGAGUAAUGAGACAGUGAGAUUAGGCUGUCAAAACCAGAAACAAGAAAAGAAAAUCUUUGCAGCUGAGUUGUGCUUUGUAAUAAGAAAGACUGACGGGGUUGUGCUCAAAACCACUGAUCAAGCAUUGCCUUGGAAUCAUUUUCGUUUGCCUCCUCCUCCUCCAUGUUCUUCUUGGCAGUUUAGGAGGAUUUGAAGAGAGGGAAAGGGGAGAUGGGGAAGACAGGAAAGUGGCUCAGACACUUCUUGACGGGCAAGAAAGACAAGGAUCUCAAGGACAGGGACAAGGACAAGAGCUCAACCAAUCACACCCGCAAUCCCCCCACGAUCCCGACCGAGAACCCGACGACCCCGCUCUGCUUCCUCCCCACGACUCCGAAGGAGAAGCGGCGGUGGAGCUUCCGGCGAUCGUCCGCCGCGCCGGCGACUCCUUCGAAGGAUCUGAAUUCCUCGGAGCUUGUCGCCGCUGCUACCGUGACACCAGCCCUGUUGGCCACCCUAGACUCUGAGAAUGAGCAGAAGAAGAAGCACGCAAUGGCUGUGGCGGCGGCGACUGCUGCGGCCUCCGAUGCGGCGGUGGCAGCUGCACGGGCUGCAGCUGCCGUGAUCCGGCUGACUGCGGCCACCAACAGAAGAGGCAGCGCCAUCGAGGAGGUCGCUGCUAUCAAGAUCCAAUCAGUGUUCAGAUCUUACUUGGCGAGGAAAGCGCUUCGCGCGUUGAAAGGGCUUGUGAAGUUGCAGGCAUUGGUGAGGGGUCACCUGGUGAGGAAACAGGCAACGGUGACUCUCCGGUGCAUUCAGGCAUUGGUGACGGUCCAGGCCAGGGCCCGAGCGAACAGGCUCCGCAGCACCGAGGGCUCAAAGCCCACCAACCCGAGACUCUCGACCCACCGGAAAUCCACUCAAGACAAUCGGUACCGCAACAUAUACCAUGAAUCUGAGAAAGUGUUGGAGGAGAAUAUAAAGAUUGUAGAGAUGGAUUUAGGAGAGUCAAAAGCAAGCACAAUGAGCAGGAGUAGCUACUCCACUCAUCCGCAGCCCGAGUGGAUAGAUUCCAAAUUCCCGGCGCCGCCCCGGGCAUACUCCAAGCCUCAGAACAACCAGAUUUCCCCGGUGCCGUCGGAGCUCAGCCCGAGAACCUGCAGUGGCCACUUUGAGGAUUACUCCCUCGGGAUGGCCCAGAGCAGCCCGCAGUUCUACUCGGCCGUGUCCAAGCCCGACCCCGCUCGGAUACCCUUCGCCUUCCCAAGGCCCGAGUACGCAGAGUCCCUCUCCUACGAGUACCCGCUGUACCCGAACUACAUGGCCAACACCGAGUCCUCCCGGGCCAAGGCCCGAUCCCAGAGCGCGCCGAAACAGAGGCCAGACAAUUACUACGAGAGGCAGCCGAGCCGGAGGAGGCCCUCGAUGGAGGGGAGGAAUGUGCCACGGGCGAUGCGGAUGCAGCGGUCGUCGUCGCACGCCGGGUCGGCGGUCCAAAACUACCAGUAUCCCUGGUCGAUCAAGCUGGAUAAGUCGACGGUGUCGCUUAAGGAAAGCGAGUGCGGAUCCACCAGCACAGUGCUCACAAACGCCAAUUACUGCAGAUCCCUUGUUUCAUAUGACGUUCAUGGAAACAGGUACUGAUUGAGCUUUUUUUCCAAACUCAAUGCCUAUCUUCAAAAGCACGAGCGUGGUUGAAGAGAGUCUAGAGCUGGUUUUCUGAUGAAGUCAACUCCGAAGCUGUGCUGACAGUUUCCCAAUUCUCCCUCUUUCCUUUCUUUUUCAAUUGAAAAAAGGAAGCACCUACUUGAUGCAACCUAAGUGUGGAAUCUGGAUUUCUCUCUUGCCUCUCUCUCUCUC